GAAGUGACGGCAAGGCGGCGAUGGCGGCUCGCAGUUUCAUUCCGGAUUUCCACUGGACUACAAACUGAAUUUAACCGGACCGGUUGGACUUUGGGGAACUUUUUUGAGAGCUGUCUCUCUUCAGACGCUGCACAGAGUGAAGUCACGUUGAACCGGCGCCUGACAACGAGCGUCCCCACAGCUUUUUGGGGGUAUUUUUGUCCUAGGUUCAAGGUGGUCACCCUGUCGAGCUAGCGGUAGCUUGGCUGCUACUAGCUAACGUUAGUUGGUACACAGCUAGCUCCGGAGCUAGCUUGUCAACGAGCUGCGUGCUAAGGUCCAUACAGAGGCAGCCGUCGAGCAGCAGCUUCUUUUGAACACGUCCACGUUUGUCUUUUAUAGCUACAAUGCGAAUGGACUUUAUUUAAUGCUUAUUGGGCCACAAGUGUGCAGAGCGAGGUACUCACACGUUUGCUUGGCCUCUGGUUAAUUUGAAUCGCUAGUUUGGCGGCUGUGGCUAAAGACGGAUUUUGAAUAUCACUAGCAAGUAAGUCCCACCACCAAUUGACCCACAAACUCUGGGGAAAAGCGUGCUAUCAAGUGAGACUUGAAGUGGGGCUGCUGUGGGUCUUUGCGUGAUCAUCAACAUGCUGAAGACCCGGCAAUGUUUACUUGGCAUCCGCACUUUUCUCGGCGUAACGUCGAGAUUAUGGGGCUUCAUCAUGUACAUCCUCAGGAAGCACCUACGGACGAUAAUCCAGUAUCAGACGGUUCGAUAUGACACUUUGCCCCUGUCACCCGUCUCCAGAAACAGACUGAAUGCAGUAAAGAGGAAGAUCCUGGUUCUGGACCUGGAUGAGACGCUGAUCCACUCUCACCAUGACGGGGUCCUCAGACCCACAGUGAGACCAGGCACGCCGCCAGACUUCAUCCUCAAAGUUGUCAUUGAUAAACAUCCAGUUAGAUUCUUCGUACAUAAAAGGCCACAUGUUGACUUCUUUUUAGAAGUGGUGAGCCAGUGGUAUGAGCUGGUGGUUUUCACGGCUAGUAUGGAGAUCUACGGCUCAGCGGUGGCAGACAAGCUGGACAACAACAGAAACAUCCUGAAACGCAGAUACUACAGACAGCAUUGUACAUUGGAUCUAGGUAGUUAUAUUAAAGACUUGUCUGUAGUACACGAUGACCUGUCCAGUAUCGUCAUCCUGGACAACUCGCCUGGUGCUUAUCGAAGCCAUCCAGACAAUGCAAUACCCAUCAAGUCCUGGUUCAGCGACCCUAGUGACACAGCACUUCUUAACUUGCUGCCUAUGCUGGAUGCACUAAGGUUUACCGCUGAUGUCCGCUCCGUCCUCAGUCGAAACCUUCACCAGCACCGGCUCUGGUGAUUGGCUGAACCAGGAGAGGGUGGGGCUUGUUGACCAGCCCCUUCCUUCUCCGCCGGCCUCCUUCCUGCCCUCCGUUCCCACACAGACGACCCACCAUCCCUCUGCAAGCCUCUCAGACGUGUUCCUGAGGAGUCGAGGGUUGGGGCGACCGCCUAACGCGGGACGAACAGUACGGGAUCACCAGAGCCCAAAAACUACUGAGGAGGGCAGGGGGGCCAGCUUGUUGUUUUUGUUUUUUUUUCUUCUUGAAUCUUUAUUUGUAUUUUUUUUUUUGUUUUUUUCAAACAAAACGGAGCCUUCUCUGCCUUAUCGCUCCUGAUACUGACUGUGUGCGAAUGAAGGUGCGCCUGUGUACGUGAGUCGGGAGAAUGCUUGCUGACUUCGUUAGUCCUUUUUAAACUUUUUUGACAAUUGGGAGGGAGGGACAAAAGGAGAAUCAGCAAAGCAACAAAGACAAUUAAUACAUUAUUAUUUCUUCUUCUCCUCCAUCAUUUCUGGACUUUGCACCUCAGCAGACAACACAUCGAUUCCCUGUCUUAACUGCUCGGAGCAUCUGAGUCGAGGAAUAUAACGAACCGCCCCCGUUUUUAGAUUAACCUCACAGCUCGACAGUGUGAUCGAUUCUUGAGGUACGUUUUUCCCCUUGAAGAAGAAAGGAUCAUCUUCGACGGUGUCACUGAUGGACUUCUGCUUGCAACAAACCAUCCACAGGCAUAUUUCUGGACUAAAAGCCACACAGCCUGUUGUAUUUUUUCUCAGUCACUCUUUCCCAAAGCUCCUUGUGGGACUCUGUGAUAAAGACGGCUGAAAAAGUUGUGAGAAAAAAGGUUGUGAUGAUAUGUGGACUGCCGUGCCGCCUCUCCAUAUCUGAUUGUUUCUCUCUUAUAAUAUAUGAUAGUACAACUUCUGCAUACCACAACAUUUUGCUCUCCCCCUUUGCCAUUUGAUGCCAUCCUUAUUUCAUCAAAUAGGAAUUGCACUUAUUUUACCCCCUUCUGUUUUUUUGUUGCAGUUGGUUUUUUGUAUUUGAUUCAAAUUUGCAGCCUUUUCCCCUACUUCAGUUUUUACCUGCUCCGCUUUCUGUAAGGGUUCAACUAUUAAACCCUCCGUCUUUAAAUGCCUUCUGAACAAUGUCAGUCUCGUCAAGGCUCACAGCGGCUUCUUAUUGGCUCUGUCUCCAGGUCUGUGUUACUAAUAAAACACUUGUCAGU